GGUCUGCUGCUAGGACGGUCACAGGCAUUUGGCGGAGUCUUGAGGCCGCCCCUAGCAACCUGGUGCUAGGAGGACUUGUGAAGCGCUCGCCAGAGGACAGGCUCUAGGUUAGAAGUACCUUACAGGAACCGUUAACCCAGGAUGGCCGACUUGCUUUUCUGUGAGCCAACAGAACUCUAUAACAUCUUGAAUCAGGUCUCCAAGCUGUCCAGAUUAGCUGAGCCCAACUACCUCUGUUUACUGGAUGUUCGAUCCAAAAGGCAGUAUGAUGAGAGCCAUGUGAUCACUGCCCGUAGAGUGAAGAAGAGAGAUCAUCAGUACCUCAUCCCAGAGUCUGUAGAUCUGGAGUGUGUGAAGUACUGCAUCGUGUACGACAGCAACACCAGUUCCCUGGAGCUGAGCAUACGGCCGCGGUAUGAGGAGGAAGAGGAGGAAGAGGAGGAAGAAAAAGAGGGCAAGGAGGACGACUCUGAACUCUUACCUGGACCUGCUGUGGAAUUUGGACAAAUCCUCAUCCACUUUACCCGCCAACCUGUCUAUAUCCUCAGAGGGGGCUAUGAAUGCUUCUCUGGCUUGUACCACUUCUUCCGGACCCAGAAGGUCAUCUGGAUGCCCCAGGAACUGGAUGCCUUCCUGCCAUACCCAAUUGAGAUAGUUCCUGGCAAAGUCUUCCUGGGCAAACUCAGUCAGGCCUGUAAUGCUAAGAUGCACAAGGACUUGAAAAUUAAAGCACAUGUCAAUAUCUCCUUGGAGACAACACCCUAUUUUGUAGGCAAUGUGGACAAGCUCCUGCAUAUCAAGAUUGAGGAUACUCCAGACUCCAUACUUUUUCCCUCUUUCCGCCACAUCAGUCAUUUUAUAGAACUUCACCUCAAGCUCCGAUCUGUGAUUCUGGUCUUUUCUACACGGGGCAUCAGCCGCAGUGUUGCUGCUGUGGUGGCCUUCCUCAUGCAUUAUAAUGAGGAGACCCUGAAGUCUAGGGUCCCAGCCAGAGAAUCGUCCUGCCCACCAUAAAAUAGGAGUCUUCCUCAUCAGUGGACACAAUCAAGACAACUUCCUGCAGACAGCCCCACAGUCCCACCUAUUCUAGACAGACCCUCAUGGAGACUCCCGUCUGCGUGAUUCCAGACCCUGCCAAGCUUGGAACUGAAAUUAAUGGCCACAGGCCACAGUCCCCAAGGGAGUUUGGGUUUGUCCUAAGAAUUUCAUGGAGCCACAGAAUGACUGGGUUGGCUGCACUUCAGCCAGUUAAUCUAUCCUUCCUUUCCCUCCCUCCCUUCCUUCCUCUCUCCCUCCCUCCAGUCCUCCUUGAAAGCAGAGGGACAGAAAAGCAGGAGCAUGUAUAGCCACACCAGAGGGAGCCAUGGCAGAUAUCAGGCUGGAGCAUGUCCUGGCAUGUCCUGGUUGUGCUCGUCACAGCCUCCUUGUAGGCUCCAGGGGCAUGAACAGACUCUAAAGAACCUCCAGAUUCCACCUGAGCUGUGUGGCUCUGUGCAAAAGUACUACGAUAUCCCCAAAGAGAGCCUGCAGGAGCUGCUGGGUGCUCUUUGCUGGAGUACUCCAGUGAGUGGCCAUAGUGCUCUUGCCUGGAAUCCAAAGGGCCUGAGUUUGAUCUGCACCUAGCACUGGGAAAUCACCGCCCCCCCAAAAAAAGCAUUUGAGCCAUCCAGCUGGGACAGUUUUAGUCCUUCUGGCCACAUCUAAGUAGUCUGAGGCUCCUAGCCAGGGUGGGUUGGGACAGGGAAAACAAGCCACUCUGGCUUGGCUCCUUCCCUAGCUAAGCCAGGGCCCAAAGACUGUGCUCAGCCCUCGCUGUCUGCUUUGCUUGUCCCUGCCAGUGGCAGGUGCUGGAGCCCCCCAGGCCCAGGUGAGCCUGGAUUCUGGAGGAACCCUGGCACUUGUCUUUGGAGUAGCCAUCUUUGUCCUCUUUAGGAAGUCCUAACACUGGCACUCUUCCCAGAGAUGCCUUCUGGGUAACUCUGCCAAAGAGAUAUUCAGCGACCUUUGCUGUCAGCAGGAACGCCUGCUGCUCACUUGCCAUGGCUGGUGGCUCACUGACGUAACUUAGCCGGGGCUUGCCCGCAGGAGGCUGACAUGGAGCUGUUGUGCUGAGGCAGACUCCGUCUGUGCAAUGGGCAUGCUGAACCCUCUGGUAUCUGUGCUCGUUAAGGAUCUGUGAGAAGCAGCUGGCAAGGUGACUGAGCAGUUAAAGUCCUUGUCUGUAAGCCUGGCUGGCUGGGUUCAGUACCUGGAACCUAGGUAAAGCUGGAAAGAGAGACUUGACUCCACAUUUGGGCUCCACAGGUGUACAUUGGCAUGUGCACCCCACCCUAUAUACAACAUGUACACCCUAUAUAUAACAUGUAUACCCUAUAUACAACAUGAACACCCGAUAUACACCAUGUGUACCCUAUGUACAACAUGUACACCCUGUAUACAACAUGAACACCCUAUAUAACAUGUACACCCUAUAUACACCAUGUAUACCUUAUAUUCAACAUGUACACCAUAUAUACAACAUGUACACCCUAUAUACAACAUGAUAAAUAAUUUAUUUAUUCACUCAAGACAGGGUUUCUCUCUGUAACCUGGGUUGUCCUGAAACUUACUUUGUAGACCAGGCUGGCUUUGAACUCAGAAAUCCACCUGCCUCUGCUCACCACCACCCAACUGCUUAUUUUUAUUUUAUGUGUACUGGUAUUUCUCUACCUGUGUUUUGUGCACAACAUUCAUGCAGUGUCCCCAGAGGAGAAGAAAGGGAGUUACAUCCACUUGUGAGCCACCAUGUAGGUGCCAGGAAUUGAACCUGGUACCUCUGGAAGAGCAGCCAUUGCUCUAAACCUCACAGCCAUCUCUCUAGCCCCCAUUUGGUGCCACCUCCUUUUAAGAUAGGCUUCCUAUGUUGCAUACAUUUUCCCAUGUAGUUCAUGGUGGCCUGGAACUCACUAUAUAACUGGGCCCAUCUGCAGUUGGCUAUACAAUUCAGGCUUACAGGGAACUCAUGAGGUAACCGCAGGCUGGAAGUCACAAUCCUUCUUCCCGCCCCAGCCUCCUGAGUGUUAGAGUUGUAGCCUUGUCCCACCGUCCCUGGCCCUUUUAGUUCUUUAUAUAUGAUGGCACACUCACAACGACCUUGCAGCUUAGAUACUGUUCUGUUCCCCAGCUUUUCCCAGACAUGCUGAGUGUGGGUACUGUCCCUGAGCUGCACAGUUACAGAUAGUAUGGCUGGGAUCCAAAGCCUAUUGGCCCCGAGGUAGCAGGAAGAGCACGGCCUUGUGGCCUUAACACCAGAGCCUGCUGACCCUCACCCUGGCAGGUGCAUCACAUUUCUGUCCCAGGUUAAGCAGGAUGAGUCUCACAAGCCUGUGAGAGUCCCAGCAGAUGUGUUAUGAGCUGAGGUGUGUAGCGGGGGCAGGGUGGGGGGACCUUCUUGGCCUGUCCUGACACAGCCAGUGUCUAGUAAAACUUAGAGCAGGAUGGCUCUGCUCCCUGCACC